CACCAUCCAUGUGGUAGCAUGAAGACCACCCUUGUAACCCUUACGCUCGCGCUUGCGAUCGCGCAAGGCGCGACGCUCGCGCAAGGCGAAGUCGACUGGCCGUCGCGCGCGAAAGCCGUGAGAGGCGCUCUGAAGGACUCCUUCCGCGCCUACGAGAAGGACGCGAGCGGCUUCGACGACCUCGCGCCGGUCUCGCGACGAGGCGUCAACUGGCUGCACUCCCGAGCCACCCUCGUCGACGCGCUGGACAGCUUGUACGUCGUCGGGCUACGCGAGGACUACGAGAGGGCCGUGACCGAAGUGCUGAGGCCGACGCUCGUCGGCGAGCCGCCGUUCUGGCAGUCUGUCUCCGUUUUCGAGUACCACAUCCGUGUCGUAGGAGGGCUAUUGGGCGCGUUCGAGGUGUCGGGCGAUCGGCGCUUGCUCCACGCGGCGAGCCAUGCCGCCGACCGCGUGCUGAGCGUCCUCCCGCGCAAAUUGGGAGACGCCUACACGCGCACGCGGCAGCGCCUUGCCGAUCCCUACGGGAGACCCAUCUUGUGGCUGGUCGCGCGUAUCAUCGACGAGGUCCAGGCGCGCUGGCCCGGGCAGCACAAGGACUGCGCGUCUCUGGCCGGUAUAGGCAGCUUCGGUCUCGAGCUCCGCGUCCUGGCGCGCGAGACGGGCGACCUCACGUACGAGGCCGCGGCCGAUCGUAUCUUCGACCAGUUACACGAAGGCUGGGCCGAGGACGGCGGCGGUGGCAUGAAGCGGUGGAUGAAGGGGUUCUACGGCAAGGACUGCAAUUUCAACAACCGGUUGCACGCGCGCCGAGGCCUUGGGUCGGGGGGCGACUCGUUCCACGAGUACCUGCUGAAGGAGCAGCUCGUCGGCGACGCCUCGGAGGCGCGCGCGGCCAUGUACGACUGGGUGGAAGCUAGAUUGAUGCGCGAGGCGCUGCCGAACGAGCAUCUCGCGCUGUUUGCUCCCGGUAUGCUCGCGCUCGGCGCGACGACUGCAAAGCGCCGGCGGAGCGCCUCUUCGACAAGUCGGGAGCGCGCGCUCGCCCGCGCCCGGGAGCUCGUCGACGGCCACGGGCGCGACUGGUAUCGCACUGUGUGGAAUCAGAUUUCGGACGCCCCACGCGUCGAUGGCGUGGGGGUUCACGCAGAUCUCCGCAAUACUUCUCAGGAUAACCUAACUCACUGGUUGAUUUCCACACAGGUAUCGCACCCCCACGGGCCUCGGCGCGGACGGGAAAGGUGAAAAGAGUCGAUGGUAUGCUCUGCGACCGGAAUAUGUGGAGAGCCUCUUCUACCUCUACCGGACGACGGGCGACGACGUUUACAGGGACCGGGGCUGGGCCGUGUUCGAGGCGCUCGUCACGCAUUGCCGCGUGAAGGCGACGGGCGCGUUCGCGGGUCUCAAGGACGUGCGGUCUCCAAAGCCCGAGUUAGAUGAUGCGAUGCCGUCGUUCUUUCUCGCGGAGACGCUGAAGUACUUGUACCUGCUCUUCUCCGAGCGGGACGUCUAUCCCCUCGACGAGUGGGUGUUUACGACGGAGGCGCAUCUGCUCGCGACGGAGCCGCGGUGCGACCGGGCGGCCUGCGUCGGGCCCGCGCGGCCGCCGCGGUGGCGGCGACUCCCCCUCGACGUCGUGGUAUUGCUCCUCUUCGGCUGCUUGUUGUGGAUCCGUGUGCGGCGGCGACGCCGGAAGGAGCGGACGGUGUAA